GAUCACAAUCUGCUGACAUCAAUCAUGGAACAAUGUACCACUUAAAAAAGUCCAAAGCAAACAGAAAACCUAAAGACAAAGUUUUUAAAUCUGCUUCUCAGCCUAACAUUCACGUCCAUUCUGAAAAGAAUCACCAAGAUAAAAGAAAUCAAGUAACCGAGAAGGAAUGUGUCUUUUGCGACGGGUUGUUUUCUAUGUGUUCAGAGCUUUUAAAAAAAAACGUAUUAAAGAUCAUCAACGAUCAUUUUAAAGUUAUUAAAGAAGUUAAAGAUGCGCCGAAACAAAAUACACAAGUAGAAAAAAGUCCUAAAGAGCGGUUGGACACAGCACCUUUACAGACUAAUGAAUUGCAUCAAGAGAUGGUUGGAAAGACAUCAGGACCAGAUAAAGAACCUCACCACGGGCAGAAAGAUGCCAGUCCUUCAAACGCAGAUUACUCUUUAAAAAUGCCGUUACAGAUACAUUGUGAAAAAGACUGCCUCUGCCAUGAGAUUCUUAUUAAAGUAGCAGAAGCAAUUGCAGCACAUUCACAUUUCAAGGAUCAGGAAGGGUCAAGGACAGACAAGGACAAACAUGCAGGCAAAGACACUCUUGGCACGUCUCUCAAAAAACGCAGAAAAGCAUACUAUAAGAAGAAGGAAGAUAAAUAUCUCAUAAGAAAUGUUAAGGAUCAAACAUAUUUGGUCCCAAAAGUAAAGAAGUCAAGAAAUAAAGGGAUUGAUCAGAGUGGCACAAAAAGAAAGAAUAAUAUUGAGGAUACAACUAGCUCUGCAUAUCAUGAGUUGCACAAUUUUAAGAACAAGCCAACAAUAGAAAUUCCAAUUGUUAACGACAGAAGAGAUUCACCAAAAGGAACGAACGGUACGCAUGAAAAGUUCAAUUCGGAAACUGAUUCAUCAACAAAUGAUACUAGCCAAAUGUCCGACAAAGAGAAUGGUUAUUUGCCAAAUGUCUACAGGGAACGUGAUGACAUUCAAACUGAUUUGUCACAAUCAUUAUCUCCUCUGCAGGGAAAUGAACCAAAAGCUACACACUUAGAGAAUAGAUUAGAUUCCUGCCAGUUGGAAGAUCGCUUAAUUUCCAUACUUCAGAAAAUUGCACUAAUAUAUGCCGAGCAUAACCGUAAAAAGAAAAGGCAUACAGUCCAAAAUAAGCCUAGUUCGUCACAUGAAGACAAAGACAACUUUUCUGAUUUAGAUCCUUUAAGGCGCUCUUAUACAGAAGCUGAGAAAGAACCAAAAGUCGCUCUUUUGUAUUCGGAGCUAAACAAUCUGUUAAAUGAGACUCUUCGGGAAAAUAGUGCAAGGUGUGAUAAGGACCAUAAGUGUACACUCAAUCAACGUACACCGACAGGCUAUAAAAAUAGAAGGAAGUGUUCAUCACCGUGGGAGAAAGAAGACAACUUUUCGGAUUUGGAAUCUUUGAGGUUAAUAUUUCGUCAGCACCCGUCAGACGUUAAGGGAGAAUCAAAGAUAUCUGAAAUCGUUGUCAGUAAAGUCAAGAGUCCUCGGUCAGCAAAUAAACAGCACACGGACAAAGAGAAUAGAAAGAAGAAAAGGAACUCGUGUCGAAAGAAACUUUGGCCCUCACCAGCAGAACGAGAAGAAAAAAUGUAUGAUUCAGAUCCUUUGAGGGAUUCCUCAGAAGUCGAGAUGGAACCAAAGAUAGCUGAAUUGUCCUCUCGGGAAAAUGAUAAUACUUUUGACAACUUUCCAAGGAGAGUAAAGGACCCCCGAACCACAAUCAAACCUCAUACACCUACAGAUUAUGAAAAGAAAAGAAAGAGCGGUUCAAUACCACAUGACAGAAUGAAUGCUUAUAAGAACAAAAAAUUUCAGAAAUCUUCUGAAGAUGGGCAUAAUAAUCAAUCUGAUAAAGAUUCAUCUGAGGAAAUUAUCCACUUCAUACCAAGCACUCCAGAAAAGGAAAGAAAAACACACCAAAAGAAAAUGACAUUGAAAAAACAUUGUCCUAAAAUGAAGGUUGUACACCCAAAGAAGAAAAUGGAUAUGAAUGAUGAUACCGUUGACAGUGAGAGCAAUUCAACUGGAGAAGAAUAUAUACUUCUAAAAAGAAAAAAGAAACAGAGACCUCAGGAAGAUUCAAGCAGUGAGGAUUUAUAUGAAGUCCUAAGGAGGCCAACACACAAGAAGAAUAAGAAUGCAAAUUUGAGGAACAGAAGAGAAAACAAAAGAAAAAGUAUUGCUGGUCAUGAGAUACCGGAUAUCGAGAAAAUUAGUUCGUCUGAAAGCCUAGAGGAAACUAGCGACCAUCGGCCAGAGAACGAAAGACCAAGAAAACAAAAUCAUUCACCAGAUAUCAAAGCCCAGCAGAACAUGAAUUUAAUGUUAAUCAAUGAACAAAUAAAAGAGCUGGAACAUUUAAGGGGAAUGUUUUUGAAGUGUCUAAACGGGAAAGAAAGUCCUAAGAUUCCAGACAAGAAAUCAGACCCGAUCGUUGAGAGAAUUAAGUCAGGGGAAAAACAGGUUAGAAAUGUUGAAAAUGAAAGGAAGAGCCCAGAGAAGCACAGCGAGCCUGAUUCAGAGGACGAAGGAUUAAAAAAACAAAACCAAUCACUGAAUAACAAAAAUAAACAGGAGAUGUUUUUAAAGAAAAUCGAAGAUCAGAAAAAAGAACUGCAAAAACUAAGGGAACAGUGUUUAAGUAUGGAUCGUCAAAUACCACAAGAAGAUCUUAAGAUUUCAGACAAGAAAUCACCAGAGAAAGACAAGGAAGGACCAAAAAGAGCUAUCAAGAAAUCUAAGGUCACGAUAAUACCAGUAAGAGAACGUUUGAUUGCUCAAUUAUUAAAUUCUGAAGUCAUUGAAUUAUUUAUUGCGGCUCAGUGCCCAGGACUGGCAAAAACACCGGAGUCAAAAGAUGCCGACAAGCAGCGCCAGCAAACUGAUACAAACACCGAGAACACUGUAUCUCCUUCAAAAGAAAGUAUGAAGACAAUCCAUAAGACAAAUGAUCAAGUAGAAAUGUUCAACUCAGUCGAAUUCAAAGAUGCAAUGGAAAACACAAAAGAUACAGUUGAACCCAUUAAAAAUAUAGAAAGUACUGAUUGUUUUGAUUUAGCUUGUAAGACCAGACAAGAACGAAGUAACAGAAGUUCCAUCGGAUCAAGCAUGAACAUAAGGCCAAGCAAAUCUGAAGUCAAAGACAGCGUAAAACACCAUCCAUCAAGCUCGUCUGAACAGAAGAGGUUAAAGACAGGCAAACUAGCCUCAAAAAACACCCUAGCUGAUACAAAUGCUUCAUCAAAAGACGAAUCAGAGCGUCCGAAGAGAUCGGAUCACAGGACAUACCCUGAGGAGUGGUAAAUCUUGGAAACUAUGUAUUUUAAAAUGUGAAAACACCAAACAAGAAUUUUUUUAGAUGUCAAAUAUAAAACACCUACAUACA